UCCGCGCCGGGGCCACCAUGGCUUCUUCCAUCGGCAACUUGUUCCGACGGAGCCUCCGGCGCCCCGGGCGCAGAGAAGGAAAGGAUGAGGCCUCUGCUGCAGAAAACAACCCCCCCCGGGUGCCCCAGGGGAAGGUGGGGGACAGGAGCUCCAUUCUCUGCUCUGGGCAGUUCUUCUUCGAGUACCUGGUGGUGGUGUCGCUCAAGAAGGUCUCAGAGGGACGCUACGAACCCAGAAUCUCCUACCAAUUCCCAAAGCGUGAGAACCUGCUGAAGGGCCAGAGGGAGGAGGAGGAACGUCUGCUCACAGCCAUCCCCCUCUUCUGCUUCCCCGACGGCAACAACUGGGCCCCUGUCACCGAGUUCCCGAGUGAAACCUUCUCGUUCGUGCUGACCAACGUGGAUGGCAGCAGGAAGAUCGGGUACUGCCGGAGGCUGCUGCCCGGGGACGUGCUCGGCGAGCCGCCGGGCAGAGCUGGUGACAACAACUGA